UCACGCCGUGCGGGUGUUCCGAUUCACAAAGUGCGAAGUUUAUUUGGAUUUUUUGGACUUUGUAUGCAGAAUUAUUUAUCCUAAGAGACAUCCUCAUAACAAUAUGGCCAAUUACUUAAAGCCAGUUGCAGCCAUUUUGCUGCCCAGUGUUGGAGGUUAUUUUGGUAGUUAUGUAACCAGACCAGAAACAAGACCUACUGAGCCAGGAAAGAUUACAUGGUACCAGGCCCUGAAGAAGCCUUCGUUUCAGCCACCAGGUUGGCUGUUCCCUCCAGUCUGGACAAGCUUGUAUUGUUCUAUGGGUUAUGCUUCCUAUAUGGUCUGGCGUGAUGGUGGAGGAUUUGAAGGCGAGGCUGCUCUACCCCUGGCUUGUUACGGGGCAAGUCUGGCACUCAACUGGGCAUGGUCACCACUCUUCUUCAAGUAUAAGAAACUUGGUCUAGCUUUCGCUGAAAUUGUUGGAUUAUGGGGCUCAAUUGUGGCAACCAUGGCAUCAUUCUACCAAGUGAAUCCAACAGCAGCAUAUAUCCUUGUGCCAUACCUGAGCUGGGUCAGCUUUGCAAGUUACAUCAACUUCUAUAUAUGGAGAAACAACAAGGAUAGAACAGAUUAGUUUAUCCUGUAUUUACAUACGGAGGACUGAGCGCGAAACUAUCGUAACAGAAUAUGAAUAAAGAACAAGAUAUAAAAAUUCUGAGUUCAGCCCUUGAUAUUGUAUGGUGCUUUUUUUUGUAUUUAGACAUAUUUAUCAAUAAAAUAUUAGUUUGUUUGGAGACAAAAUAAAUUAUAUUGUAGAUUGAACAGUAAUGAAAUAUCUUGACCAUAUUUAUAAACAGUGUUUUCAGGUACAGUCAAACUCGCUUUAUACGAACUCAUCCGCACCUAAGAAAUAUGUUCGUAUCAAACGAAAUUCGUAUUAAUGAAUGUAUGACCAGAUAAUUUGUCCGAACAAUUUGGGCAGUAUCACCGGUAUCAUCGGCGAAUAGAUUCCAAUAUUAUGAUACAUGAAAGUAGUUAAUAGUUUUAAACUGAUUAAGUUAAUUCAUUCAGAUAACAUUGAAAUUACUCAAGAAAAGUCAUACUUAAACAGGUAAAACUGUAUUAAUUUAAAUUUUAAUGUGCGGUCGAGGUCAAGAGCGCCAAAUUAUAUCCACCGCCAACAUUGAAGCUUGUGUGUGUGUGUGUUCGGGUUUUACGUCUUUCUCAACAAUUUUUCAGUCAUAUAAACGACGGUUGAAGCUUGUACUAUAUAACAAGCAUUCUAAGAGGUAUAAAAGUUUGUAUAUUUUGGAAGACACAGCCUACCUGUAUGGACACUAGAACGUCAAUAAUGUGUUUAAAAUUAUUUACACCUCUUUAAAUCUUGACUUGUUAAUUGAUUAAAUUAUUUUAUAUUGACAUGAUACACAAAGGACCGAGUGUUUGUUUGUGAAUAGGUGUGAACUACUCCAUUGUCCAAUUACCGAGCGGCACAAGCUUGACCAUAUUAUUAUUUUCAACACAUUUUAUAACGGCCCCGACUUCUAAAAUUAAUUCGUAUCAAAAGAUGGAAAAGUAUAAUAUUUAAGCUUAUUGGGACUUCCAAAAUGUGUUCGUAUCUACCGAUUAUUCGUAUCAAGCGAGUUCGCUAUUACCGAAAUAAUUUUACAAAGAAAAUAGAAGGACUCGGCCGGGGAAUUCGGACUUUGUUCGUUUAAUCCGAAAAUUCGUAUCAAGCGAGUUCGUAUUAAACGGACUCGACUGUAUGUCGCACGCAACAUUCCUUCCUGUUUUAAAUUUUUUUUUUGCAACAUGCUUUCCUGCUGAAAAAGUUUUAGCAACAUGCCUAAAUUUUGGGGAAGAGUACUGAAAUUACAUGCCUUCAGAAAAGUCUAGGGUAUAUGUCUGUUUGUACAUAAACACAGGUCUUACAUGAGUGUCUCUUUAGAUUAAAUUUAUUAAACAAGUUGAAUAUAAUAAUAAAAUGCGAGGCUGUGCCAAGCUUUUAAACGUUUUGUAUUUAACAAUGUGGAAACAUGCAAAUAUAAGAUUCUUUCUACCACAUGUUAGCUUUUUCUGCUGAAACUUUGAAAUUUCCUCAUUCUUUACCAAGAAGAGACAGUCAGUUUGACCAGUGUCUUCUAAAAGUUCAAAAAGUUAACUUCUCUACUAUCAGAUUAAAGAUGCUUGACAGUUAGACAGCGGUUUCACUCAGUACACAGUCUGUUCCAUCUAGUAAGUUGAAUAUCACCAUAAAAACAACAUGAUUAUUAUUCAAAGGUUGACUGUAGUUCUAAAGAUACUGACAAAAUAUCAAAUGAUUAAAGUUUUAAGCUCGACUAUUCGAAGAAUAAGUAGAGCUAUCCUACUCACCACGGCGUCGGCGUCGGUGUCGGCGUCACGGUUAAGUUUUUCGUACCAGUCCACAUUUUGACAAAGUCUUUUGAGAUAAAGCUUUGAAACUUUCAACACUUGUUUACCAUCACCAUGGCCAGUUAUAGGCAAAGGCACAUAACUCCAUCAAGGAUUUUGGCUGAAUUAUGGCCCCUUUUGACUUAGAAAUCAUGGUUAAGUUUUUCGUACUAGUUCAUAUUUUGACAAAGUCUUUUAAGAUAAAGCUUUGAAACUUUCAACACUUGUUUACUACCAUCACCAUGGCUAGUUAUAGGCAAGAGUACAUAACUCCAUCAAGGAUUUUGGCUGAAUUAUGGCCCCUUUCGACUUACAAAUCUUGGUUAAGUUUUUCGUACCAGUUCGUAUUUUGACAAAGUUUUUUGAGAUAAAGCUUUGAAACUUUCAGCACUUGUUUACCAUCACCAUGUCCAGUUAUAGGCAAGAGCACAUAACUCCAUCAAGGAUUUUGGCUGAAUUAUGGCCCUUUUUGACUUAGAAAUCUGGGUUAAUAUUUGUACCAGUUCAUAUUUUGACGAAGUCUUUUGAGAUAAAGCUUUGAAACUUUCAGCACCUGUUUACCAUCACCAUAUCCAGUUAUAGGCAAGAUUCCAUAGCUCCAUCAAGGAUUUUGGCUGAAUUAUGGCCCCUUUUGACUUAGAAAUCUUGGUUAAGUUUUCCGUACCAGUUCAUAUUUUUUGUAAAGUGUUUGACAUAUGGCUUUGAUACUUUUAUCACUUGUUUAGUAUAAUAGUCUCUAUUGUAGGAAAGAGUACAUAACUCUGUCAUCUAUUUUGGCUGAAUUAUGGCCCUUUUUGGACUUUGAAAUUGGUUCUGUUUUCAUACAAGUCCACGUUUUGUCAAAACUAUUUGACAUAUGGCUUUUAAACUUUGAACAAUUGUUUAUCAUUAUGAUUUCCAUCUGUAGGCAAGAGUACAUAACUAUUUUGACUGAAUUAUGGCCCUUUUUGGACUUUGAAAUUGGUUCAUACAUUGCCAUUUAGUGCAAGUCUUACAAAGAAAUACAGGAACAUUGUUUGUCUAAUCUAUUUAUUUCUUUUGUCUGAAUAUCUGUGGAAAUAUUUUGAUCCCAUUCUUAAUCAGUUCUUCGAAUAGUUGAGCACGCUGUCAUCAGACAGCUCUUGUUUAAUUUGUAUAGGUAUCUAUAAACAAGAAAGGGGUUUCAAAAAUUUGACAGCUGGACUAGCAACUACAUUUGUAUUGCAAAACUUAUUUGUAAUGUUUUAUUUAUGCAAGAGUUUUACAAGUACCUCCAUGCAGUUUGUUGUGAUGUUUUAUUUAUGCAGGAGUUUUACAAGUACCUCCAUGCACUUUGUUGUGAUGUUUUAUUUAUGCAAGAGUUUUACAAGUACCUCCAUGCACUUUGUUGUGAUGUUUUAUUUAUGCAAGAGUUGUACAAGUACCACCAUGCACUUUGUUGUGUUUAAAGAUGGACAAGUUCAUUAUAGAAAUAUAGCAGGGUAAGGGUUAAUACACAUGCAUUGUUAAUACUUGUAGCUUGAUAUAUCAGUAAAAAAAAUAUUCAAUCUAUAUAUUACUGUAAUGCAAAGAUUAUUUUUAACCAGAUGUUGAUGAUGAUAAAUUGCUGGCAUCCAAAUGUUUGAUGUGUUCACUUCAUUAUUUGCAAUGUGAAUUUACUGUUAAAUCAUUUAAUUUUUUACUUACGAAAUUUUGUGAAUUUGGCCAAAACAGUCUUUUUGUGGGAAUGUUAAUACAUGGAUUUUGAAUUUUGACAUAAAAUGAGAGAAUUUUGCAAGUUUUGGAUUUAAUUUCUUGGAUUGACUUGGGCAAGAAAUACACGAAAUACAAAUAUUAAGGAUUUUACAGUAAAACCCAAUUGUCUUUUAUACUCAUAUGUUUGGUGCUGUUUUUACUUUUUGGCUGGGUUUUCAAAGAAAAAUGCGGCUUCUAGAUUAGGUCUGUCCGGGCGGAUGGAUGGAAUAAAGAGUCACAUGUUAACCUUUUUGUUCACUCAGUAUCUUGACAGGUAUUUCGCCUGGGACCUUGAAUGUUGACCUUGAUGUGUACAUGACCCCUACUGAUUUCAGGGUCACUUGGUCAAAAUUUAAGGUCACUGGGAUGUGAACACUGAAAAUGGUUUUCGCUCAGUAUCUGAUUUCUCCUUGUGGUUCUGGGACGAUCUGUGUAUGAAAAGAAUUGGAACCACUGCCUUACCCUUGCAUGAUCGUAAGAGGCGACUAAUAGGGUCUUAACACUUGGUUCUGUAACUCUGUGAUUCCAGCAGGUAUGCAAAUUUUGAUUCCAUACUUCAUGUUUUUAUUUCGAUGUAAAUGAGAUGUGAAACCAAAGCUUGUAGUCCUGUUUGGCGCCAUAUAACCUAUACUGUGUUGGUGCGCUGUAAAACCCAAAUAAAUAAAUAAAUUUCCUAGGACCUUGAAACUUCAUAGGUAUGUUGGUCUUGAUGUGUACAUGACCCCUACUGAUUUCAUGGUCACUGGGUCAGAGGUCAAGGUCACAGGGACCUGAACAUUGAAAAUGGUUUUUGCUCAAUAUCUGGACAAGCAUUUCAUCUAGGACCUUCAUAUUGCUCUUGAUGUGUACAUGACCCUAUUGAUUUCGGAGUCAGAGGUCAAGGUCACAGGGAUAUAAACACUGAAAAUGCGGUUUUUCUUACCUUUAUUUUUUUACACCAGUUUCUUUCUUUAAUUUAAUUUUCUACCUGUCAGUUUCUUUCCCCCCCCCCCCUUUUCCUUCAGUUGUGCUUAUUAAUUUGGGGCUUAUAACAAGCCUUUAUUAGAACUUAAACUCAUUAUCACCUAAUUCGGAAAACCCGGCCAAAAUGCUAUCAGGCGUUAGCUGCUUGUAUCUUUAUAUAUCUAGAUUAUGCUGUUAUAUAUGUAUUAUAAAUUCUGGUAGAAUCAUUGAUAAAUAAAACAAAUUUUACAGUCAGCAAGAAUAGAGUAAUUUGUAAGUGAAAGAAGGUAAUACAUAAGCCCAUAAUUACCUGUCAGCUUAAUUGACAUCUUAAUUUGAUGUUUUUUGUAAUAAUUUUUCUCUCCAAAGAACUCGGGGAUUGAAAUAAAGUUGCAAAUCUGUG